AUGGCCACUCCACCCACCCUGCAGUGCCAGGUGCUGGCCAGGGCACAGCUGCGAGCUGGGCUGACUAAACCCAUCCUGUACAGCUACAACAGCCUGAGAAAACUCAGCCCCACGGACUUUGCUGGCCUGGAGAAGCUGGAGCUGCUGAUGCUGCACAGCAAUGAGAUCAGCACCGUCCCUGAGAAGGUGUUCAGAGAUUUACGCUCACUGCAGGUCUUAAAAAUGAGUUACAACAAGGUCAGAGUGCUUCAGCAGGAUGUAUUUUAUGGCCUGAACAGCUUGGUACGGCUGCAUAUGGACCACAAUCAAAUCGAAUUUGUGAAUCCCAAUGUUUUCUACGGACUCACCUCCUUGAGGCUGGUCCACCUGGAUGGAAAUUUCCUUCAGCAGCUGCACCCAGACACUUUUGUGACCUUGCGCUAUAGCCAAAUAUUCAGAAUAUCCUUCCUGAAGCACAUCUCUCUGUCUGACAAUGUGCUGACUUCACUCCCACAAGAGAUGUUUUCCUACAUGUCAGAGCUCGAGAGCAUUUACCUGCAUGGAAACCCCUGGUCCUGCGACUGCAGCCUGCAGGGGCUGGCAGGGUGGGCACAGGAGAGACCAGAUGUUAUAAAGUGCAGAAAAGAGAGAAGUUCUGGUGUCCAGCAAUGCCCAGUCUGUGCUAGUCCCAAAACUCACAAUGGGAAAAGUUUAGUGGAUCUCCCUUCUGCAUCUUUCACCUGCACGAAGCCAGUCAUUGAUGACUCCCUGAAAUCCAGAAACCUCUCGGUGCCAGACGAUGGGGAUUUCAGUUUUGUGUCUCCCAAGGACUUGAUGGCUCCCAUAGGAUCUGUGGUUUUGAAUAUGACUGACCAGGCAGGAAAUCGAGGCAACUUGGUUUGCGAUGUCCAGAGACCUAAAGAAAUGUCUCCCAUCUCAUUUGAACAAAGUGGCCCCAGCAGAGUGCUCCAAGCCUCGUUCUCAGCAUUCCUGGUGUGUGGCAUCGAUUAUGGGCACAUCCAGCAGCUGUGGAGCAUCCUGGCCCUGUACAGCAGCUCUCCUUUGAAACUGGAGCAAACCGUGGGGACAGCUGAGGAGCCUUCUGUCAGCCACAAAUACAGGCAGGUGUACAGCGAGAAGGAUGAGCUGUUCACCAGGGUGGAGGCCGAGCUGCGGGCCGAGCCAGCGUGGCUGCUGCAGAGGCAGCUGUCGCUGCAGCUGGACAGGACAGCCACCACGCUCAGCACGCUGCACCUGCGCUACGCCACGCACGCCCGCGUGGCCCUGCCCAGCCGGGACAGGGAGCAGGGCCGCCACGGCUGGGCCCUCAUUGCCAGGGACAACAGCACCCAGACGGAGCACACGGUGCUGGUGGGGGGCUCGGUGGAGCUGGGGUGCCAGGCGGCUGGGCAGCCAGCUCCUGCCGUGGGGUGGAUACUGGCUGAUGGCAGCAGGGUGCGAGCUCCCCACAUCAGCGAGGAUGGCAGGAUCCUGGUCCUCAAGAGCGGGGUGCUGACGCUGAGGACAGCUGACGUGUUCGACUCAGGGCUCUACCACUGCAUCAGCACCAACCACAGGGACGCUGACGUGCUCACAUUCCGGAUUACAGUGCUGGAUCCCCAGGUGGGACACGGCGGCGUCAAUGGAGCCCAGCUGCCCGCUGCUCUCGGCAGCACACUGCACCUGCCCUGCACGGCCACGGCUGCCCCGGACCCUGCUGUCACCUGGGUGCUCCCUGAGCACACAAUCCUCCGCCAGUCUGCUGGAAACAAACACAUUUUUGCCAAUGGCACCUUGAGAAUACAAGGGGUGAUGCAGCGAGACCUGGGCUACUUCCGAUGCGUGGCGGCCAACCGGUUCGGGGUCGAUCUUUUGGUUUUCCAAGUGCUGGCGAGACAGGAUGAAACCGCUCUGAAGAAAAGGCAUGGAGCUGUGGGAGAGUGGGAAGAGGGCUCUGGCAAUGAGCUGCUGCGCCCUGCUGCAGCACAGAGACGCCCCUCAGGCACUGCAGGCACCCUGAGGGCUCCCGGGGAACCUGCAGCACCAGCGGCCAGCAGCCAGGGCACACAUCACAGGAACAGCCACGGGAACAAGCCUCACUGGCCCCACACUGACAGGACGGGCCGGCGCUUCAGGGGACACAGGAGACAGUUCGUUCCCUCGGGCAGGAGAGCUGAUCCACAGCGCUGGGCAGCCCUGCUGGAGAAAACAAAGAGGAACGCGACAGUGGCACACAAACGGGGAGAAGCUGCAACAGAACCACCCGUUCAAGCCCAUAGGCUCUCAGAGGUACCCGGGGAUGAGGAGGAGGCAUCUGGUGAUCUCGUAUCUCCAGAAGAAGAAUUUAUGAUACCAGCAACAGAGAGAUCGCCAGUGCCUGCUCCGGGCAGAGCAGCAGAGCUCAGCAUCACUGCAGGGCCCAAGGGGACUGAGAAUCCCCCUCCUGCCUGGAGCACCUCUGUCCUGCCCACAGAGCCAAUAACUCCCCUGCCCUCACCUCCUCCACACCCUGGGGCACCUGCCAGCAAAAGGCUGCAAACACUUCCCAAACCUACAGACUCACGGGAAAGAUCCAGUUUGAGUCAAAUAUCAGCAAAUGGUGUAAAACAGCCAACUGUACCAAGUGGGACAGCCACACUCUUCCCUGCUGGGCAAAAGUCAAUACAUUCUGGGGAAAGUAAUAACCAGCACCUAAAGUCUGCAUCCAUGACACCCACGACAGAAGCUACAGGCACCAGCAAGGCUGUAACUCCCCAAAACACAGCACACAAGUUACAUGUUUUUACUGAGUCUAUUGAUAAUGUCUCCACCAGAACAGAUCACCAGGUCCCUGUGGUGACAGUCAAUGCACCAAGCUCUGAAUUUGGCCCCAUUUAUUUUCACAGUACUCAGAAAGGAGGAGCCCCUAACCCAUCUGCCUCGACUUUCACUGCUCAUCAGCAAAUUCAGGUUAUCCAGGGCAGUCCAACUCAUCCAGCCCAGCUCCAGCAGCACCAUGGAAGACGAAGGAAAAUUUCUGGUCGGAGACGAAUUGUCAGACCAGGACGUGUCCCAGGCAUGAAAGAGCCCCGGUACAAUUUUGGGAGGCCAGGGUCUGCCAGAGGAAGUACAGCUGUGGCUACAGGUGUCCAACUUAGUAUGAACUAUAUAUCAAAUGUACCAACCUUGAAUAACUCCAGCAGUUCCAUCAUCAAUCCAUUUAGCCCAGACACACCCCAGUCCUCCCCCUCCACCAUGAAAAUGCCAUUGGAGCACCCUGUGGGUACCCAUCAAAACACAGCAUUCCUCAGGGAGGAGGAAAAGAAACACAGUGCAAGGCAAAAAGCUGCUGCCACAGUCGUGUCUGUCACUGCAGAGGACACUGCCACUACUGCAGCCAGUGGAUUGGGUGUGACGGGUUUGAAGCCAACAGUCACACUUGUUCUCACUCCUCAAACCAACACCAGAGCCGCCAAAACUAAAAUACACAGAGGGGGAGGAAGGAGAGGUCAGAGGAGGAAGAGGCCUCCUAAAACACCUGCCCCACAGCGUGUGGCUGCAGCCCAGAGCACUGCAGCCACCCCUACCUAUUAA